ACAGGAAGUAUUAGCUUGUUGUAGCCGCUAACCGUUUCAUAAGCGGUGUUUUCGGAACAAGGAGGGAAAGGAGCAUGUUAAACUUUCGUAAUUUAAACUGUAAACUUGUAGCAGAGCAGCGAAGCAUUAAAACAGCUAAAUAUAUCAGGUGAAGAACAUGGAAGAACAACAGGGGCUCCAGCUCGGAGGAUACCCGGACUGGAUGUCCAGUCUGCCCGAGCAGCUGCUGGAUGUCCUGCUGUGGAACCUGGCUAUACCAGGGAGCCAUGACAGCAUGUCUUUCUGUCUGGAUGUGUCCUCUCCUGUUCUGAGAUCAGAGCCCUGUCUCCUCAGAGUGAUUGACAGGCUGUUUCCCUGCUGGACUCGGCCCUGUCUUUACCGCUGGGCCACCACACAGCAAGCAGUCCUCACUGAUCAGUGUGAGCUCGGUAUUCGUUACUUGGACCUGCGGAUCGCCAGGAAGCCAGCAGCAGGCAGCAAAUUGUUCUUCGCCCAUGGUAUCUACACACUAAUGACUGUGAAGGAGGCUCUUGAGGAACUAACUACCUGGUUGGACGCUCAUCCCAAAGAGAUCGUAAUCAUUUCCUGCUCGCAUUUUGAAUUGCUGAAUGACGAAGAUCACGCCCACCUUGUGGAGUUCAUCGUCACGCUGUUUGGAAAGAAGCUCUGCUCCUCACAGGACACUCCUACGCUGCGUUCCUGUUGGUCCAGAGGUCAGCAGGUCAUUAUUUCCUAUGACAACCAGCAGAUGGUGAUGCAGCACCCUGAGCUGUGGACUGGAAUACCUUACUGGUAUGCUGACAGCCCAGACCCAAAGAAGGUGAUCGCCUACCUGGAGGACCAGAAGCACAGAGGAAGACCAGCUGGUUUUUACGUCAGCGGUCUGAACCUGACAGAAGACGCUCCUUACAUCCUCCUCCAUCCCCUCCAGAACAUGAGGAAGAUGACGAUGAGGGCUCUCUCUCUGCUGCUCGGCUGGGUGAGCGAGCAGCGGCCGGGGCGUGAGGCUGGUGGAGUCAACAUCCUCUGCUGUGACUUUGUCGGCAUCAGUCAAUUCUGCUCACUGGUGAUUGGCCUAAACUACAAAUUGCUGGGUGGAGCUGGCACGCUCCUUGCUCAUCCUGUCUGCAGGAUGCCAUGAGCAUCUUUCUCAGGUGUCACUGGCUGUUCCCAUAGCAACUGGACUGGAGAGCCAACAUAUCAAAUAUAAGAAGUCUGUUUGCUUUUUUUUCCCCCCUCAGAAAAGUUGUUUUACCUCUUAAACGUCUGAUCAUGUGAACAUGUUACAUAUUGUUUCACUCUUAUCUCUUGUAUGGAUGUUAAAAAUGUUAUAUAAGCUGUUGCUAUUUUGGAGUAUAUACUUUUCAUACAUUAUAUAAAUAAAUGCUUUUAUAUAUUUUGGGCCCAAACACGACCGUGUGAGGUCCCUAUUGAAUUUGCUAAGAUUAUAUUUUUAGGGC